AUUAAGAGUGAUACUUAAAUAAAAAGGAAUAAUCAUUGUCGUGUUGUGACUCUUCACAAUUUUUGAAUUCACUUUCAUCUUCACAAAACUUUACAUUCCUAGAAACUAUGAUCUUAUCUUUGACAAGAUCAUAACAUUUGUAUCCUUUUUGAGUCUCAGAAUAACAAAUGAAUGCACAUUCAAUAACCUUUGAACUUAGCUUGUCAAUCGUGUCAUUAAGAACAAAGCAUUUGCAUCCAAAAAUACGAAGUCUAUUGAAAUCGGGUUCAUACUUGAAUAAUUUUUCAAAUGGGGUUGCAUUAUUUAAAACUUUUGAAGGCAUUUUGUUUAUGAGAUAAACAGAGGCAAGGGUUGUUUCAGCCCAAAAGUUUUUAGGCAUAUUUUUGGCAACAAGAAGAGUUCUUGUUGUUUCAAUUAUGUGUCUAUGUUUUCUCUCAGACAAUCCAUUUUGUUGAGGUGUUCUUGGACAUAAUUUUUGAUGGCCUAUUCCAUAAUUUUUCAAAUAUCUGUUGAACUCAUUUGAAAUGUAUUCACCCUCGGAAUCAGUCCUUAAAAUUUUUAAUCUAGCAUUGAUUAGAGUUUGUAUCAACUUGUGAAAAUUUUUGAAUAUUUCAAAAACUUCGGAUUUGUAUCUUAGGAAAUUUAUCCAAUAGUACCUAGUGAAAUCAUCAACAAAGAUCACAUAAUAUGAUAGCUCUCCUUUUGACAUGACAGGAAAAUGUCCCCAUACAUCGGAAUGAACAAGCUGAAAAGGCGAAGAAGAGAAGAAGUUUCUUUGUCCAAAAGAUUUCAUUUUUUCAUGUAUACAAUCAUUACAUUUAAAGUUCUCAAUACAAAUAUCCUUGGUAGGACUCAUCAUAGACAAUUUUUUAAUGUUUGGAUGACCUAAUCUUUGGUGCCAAACAUUGAUGUUUACAUUUUCGACAUAGUAACAAAAUUUUUCUUUGGGGAUACACAAAUUGUCCAUGUAGUAAAGGUCUCCUUUUUUAAAACCUUUCCCAAUCAAUCUCCCGGUUUGGUGAUCCUGCACCAAACAUUUAUUUGAUGAGAAAACUACGUCAAAACCAAAAUCUGAGAUUUGUGACACAGAAAGUAAGUUAAGAUUAAGUCUAGGGACAUAACUAACUUUUGGAACAAAAACUUUUGUUUUCCAAAUUCUUUUUCAAAAUUCCGAAUCCCUUUAACACUCAAAGAAGUUCCAUCGGUGGUAACUACAUUUGAUUCUUUUUUUAGUUUGUUCAAAAUUGGUCAAAGAUGAUAUAUUUGGUGUCAUAUGAAAAGAUGCACCGGAAUUUAAAAGCCAAGAAAACAUACCGAGAGUGUUGGAGAUGGAUGCCGUUGUUGUUAGUGCUCCAGAAUUUGACUCCUUGACCAUGGGUUGAAGGGCCGUCAUGAUUUGAUUCAGCGCGGUGGAGAUUGAUGAAAGAUCACUUCGUUCAUUUGCAACAUUUGUAACCUUUCUUUGAUCAAAUUGUCUAGUGUUGUAUUGUCCACCUUGAGGAUAUGAAGUUCUCCGGUUGUAUUGCGCUCCUUGAGGAUAUGAAGCUCCUCUUUUGAGAAAAUUUCCUCUAAUAUUUCGUGAUUGUCCUUCAUUGUUGUUCAAACUUUGGACAACUAGGUCUUAUGUGACCCGGUUCAUGACAAUCGUGGCAAACAACUUUAUAUUCUCUUCUAUUUUGAUUCUUAAAGUGAGGAGGUCUAAAAGAUUUGAUGUUGUUUCCGGGUCUAGAGGCGGCGAAGACUUUUUCUUCUUGUUUCGAAAUAAGAACACUUAUUCAUUUCUUUGGAUAGUUUCAUUUUAGUUUCUUCUCCACUUAACUUAGUAAGGAGUUCAUGAAUGGGUGGAUGAGAGGCUAAGGAAAGAAGGGCUGACCUUAUUUGUUCAAAUUCGGAUCGUAACCCUUGAAGAAAUUCGAAAAACCUAAAUUCAUCGAUUUCAUUUCUUCUAAUCUCAUGGCACUUGCAAUCCAUCCCUAGUUGCGGACUAAGUUGAUCUAACUCAUUUCACACACUAGAGAUUUCCAUAAAAUAUUUUCUUAACAUUUUUCUCUCUUUGUUUGAUACUUUGGGACUGUUGACGGAUAUUGGUGUACGGGUCGAGGUCUGAACCCGAUCCAGUAUGUCCUAAUUAGGGCAUAUUUAUAUCAUUGUAACCCUAAUCUUUGUGGUUAAUGAAAUCUUAAGAGAGAGAGUGUCUGGCGGCUAGUGGGCACCAGCUCCUCCUCAUUCGUGGUUUUUUUCCUCUCGUUGAGGGUUUUUCCACGUUACAUCGUGUUCUUCGUUUUCUCUUUCUUUGUGUUCGUGUUUCUACAUGGUAUCAGAGCCAGCGAGGUUGGGACUUUUUUGUGGAUAGUGGUGUUUUCUCCACCCACCGUUGCUACUGCCGCUGCCGUCGCCAUCACCACUGCCGCCGUUUCCAACCGGCUACGUCGCCCUGCCGUCUUCCUUGUUCCUUGACGUCGCCCUCUGCUGCUGCUCCCUGACGUCGCCCCUGCUUCGCCACCGUCGACCUUCUUCCUAACGUCGCCCUUGCUGCCGCGACUUGCUCCCUAAUGUCGCUCUUGCUGCCGCCGCUGACGUCGCCCUUGCUCAAUGCUUCCGCUGGUGCUUCUUGUUGUCGCCGGUACCUCUCGUGUUUUAUCGCCGCCCGUGCCCUUUGCUGGACUGGCCUGAGAUUAUGGCAGCCUCUUCUUCGUCUACCGUUAACACCAAUCAAUCUGAAAUCGGGGUUUUUAAAACUGAGAAUGUUUCCGCUCAGGUCAUUACUCUUUGCCUUACAAAAGAAAAUUAUUUCCCGUGGUCGGCUGCUUUGACUAUGGGGAUUGCUGCCCGCGGUCGGAUUGCCUAUAUCGACGGAAGGAACCCUGAACUGGCAAAGACAAGUGGUGUAUGGGACACUUGGUUUCUUGAGGAUAAUCAAGUGAAAACUUGGAUUGUCAACUCCGUCUCCGCCGAUAUUCAGCCCCUUAUCCUUUGGAAGAAGACUGCAAGAGACAUGUGGGUAGUCUUAGAGCAAAUGUAUGGCCAAAAGAAAAGGGCAAUUCGUACUUACCAAAUAGUGAAGACUGUCUAUGGCCUUCGACAAGGGAACCCUUCUGUUGCAGAUUACUAUGGGGCUUUGAAAGCCAAAUGGGAAGAGCUUGACUAUCAUUCUGAUAUUCCUUGGCAUUGUCCCCAAGAUCAGGCACUUUAUGUAGCUCAAGUAUGGGAAAACAAGAUGUUCCUCUUUUUAGCUGGUUUAAAUGAUGAGUUUGAAGGUGUUAGAAGCCAGAUUCUGAAUUCAGGAGAGGUGCCCAGUGUUGAAGAUGUGUACUCCUGUGUUGAAGCAAAAGAUCAGAGAAGGCUGGUUACAAAUGAGGGCAAGAGGGAUCUCGUGCCCUAUCAUGAGAGAUCCGCUCUUGUGAGUCGUGGUACUGGAGGCCCAACUAGAUCUCUUCACAGAUGCACUCACUGCAAGAAAACUGGUCAUACCAUGGAUUAUUGUUGGGAUCUUCAUCCAGAGAAGAAGGGAAACAAAGGGAGGUCUUCUAUUGGGAAGAUGCCUGUGUCUGAGGUGCCCAAAUCCAGUGGAGAAAAAGUCUCCAUUUCUGCUGACCAGAUUCGUGAACUGAGGGCCUACUUGGGUCGAAUUGAUGUCAACCAGGCCGAGACAGCAGAUGAGACAAAGGCUAAUCAUGCUCUUGCAGUUAUUGGCGAUACAGGACUUGGUGAUAGGGAAGAGGAUUAGGAUUGGUUUGGCGUCUGAUGGCCUAUAUCGUCUUCCCAUACAUGUGGCUACAACUCUUGUGACAGCGAUCAACAAGACAGAGAAACGAAGAGAAGAUUGUCUUCAGUCCUUCUUGUACUGGCAUGAACGUUUUGGGCAUUUACCUUUUGGGAUUUUGAAACAGUUGUUCCCCGAUUUGUGUUCUUCUUUGAAUUUGUCUUUGAUUUCCUGUGAUGUGUAUCAGUUUGCCAAACAUGUGAGGGCUUUGUACCCUAUUUCUACUAGUUGUGUUAAUGAAGCUUUUUCCUUGGUUCACUCGGAUGUGUGGGGGCCUUCGGGAAUUCAUACCCGUCAAGGUUUUCAAUACUUUAUCACUUUUAUUGAUGACUUCUCUCGGGCUACUUUUGUGUACUUGUUAAAGGAUUGCAGUGAGGUUCCUCAUAUCAUAGAGACCUUCAUUCUUCUUGUGUAUACUCAAUAUGGUGGGACUAUUAAAACCUUUCGGUCCGAUAAUGCCCAUGAGUAUAUGUGUCAGUCUGUUGAGGAUUUUCUUCGAAAAAGGGGGAUUGUUCAUGAGACGUCCUGUAGUUAUACCCCCCCACAAAAUGGGGUGGCUGAAAGGAAAAAUCGCUAGCUUAUUAAUGUCACCAGGGCCCUUCUGUUUCUGAGAAACCUUCCUAAACACUAUUGGAGUGAUGCAGUUCUUACUAGUGCGUAUUUCAUCAAUCGCAUGCCACUCCUUCCCUGGAUGAACCAAGUCCAACCUUGAAGACUCAAGAUGAGGUUGAAAAGGAAAAUGAAGAUCUUCCCAUUGCCCUGAUAAAGGGUGUCAGGUCAUGUACUCAACACCCUAUUAGUAAUUUUGUAUCUUAUUCCAGACUUGGCAAGGAUUACAAGUGUUUUGUUUCUUCUCUUUUUUUGGCUGUGAUUCUCAGGACCGUUGCUGAAGCUCAAAGUGAUUCCAAGUGGGCUGAUGCUAUGAAAGAAGAAAUGGAAGCCUUGAGAAGAAACAUGACAUGAGAGGUUGUGAAGAUUCCUGAGGCGGCUCACUUGGUUGGAUCCAAAUGGGUGUAUACCAUCAAGUACAAACCAGAUGGGAGUGUUGAAAGAUAUAAAGCUCGUCUUGUGGCCAAGGGGUUUAGCCAAAAAUAUGAGAUUGAUUACUUGGAAACCUUUGCUCCUGAUGCGAAAAUGAAGACAAUCAGAGUUGUUAUAUCCCUAGCUGUGAUGGAGUGGAAGAUGUACCAACUAGAUGUUAAGAAUGUCUUCCUCAAUGGUGACCUCGAAGAAGAAGUAUAUAUGCAUACUGGCUACGGAAUUUGAUCUCAAGGAUCUUGGCAAGCUGAGGUAUUUUCUUGGUAUUGAGAUUGCUAGAUCGAGUAAUGGUCUUGUGCUAAACCAAAGGAAAUACACAUUAGAUCUGUUGGAAGAGACUGGUAAGUUGGGGUGUAGACCUGCUUCUACCCCACUUGACAUCGGGCACAAGUUGAGUCUUAGAGAUGGAGAGCUGCUCUGUGAAGAAGCUAAGGGAAGAUAUCAACGUCUGGUUGGGAAGUUGAUUUACCUUACCCUCACGAGACCUGAUAUCACUUUCGCGGUAAACGUAUUGAGUCAAUUCAUGCAUGCUCCUACUGAUGCACACCUGAAGGCUGUGGACAGAGUGUUAUGUUACUUGAAGAGAAAUCCUAGUAAGGGACUCUUGUAUGUAAAACAAGAGAUUGUAGAGGUCGAGGGGUAUUCCGAUGCAGACUGGGCAGGAUGUGCUGAUACCAGACGGUCUACUAUAGGGUACUGUGUCUACCUGAGAGGAAGCCUUGUAGUAUGGAGGAGCAAGAGACAGGAUGUAUGUUCUCGAUCUAGUGCAGAGGCAGAAUAUAGAGCCGUUGCUAUGGGAGGAGUGUCAGAGUUACUAUGGUUGAAAAUAUUGCUAACUGAUAUUGGAAUAGAGAUUGAAAGACCUAUGAAGAUGUACUAUGAUAACAAGUCUGCAAUCAAUGUAGCCAACAACCCUGUUCUACCCGACAGAACCAAACAUGUUGAGAUUGAUCGUCACUUUAUUCGUGAAAGAAUUGAUGCUAAAGAGUUAAUACUUCCUUACAUGAAGUCUGAAGACCAAACCGCUGAUGUUCUGACGAAGGCUCUAUCCUCGACUUCGUUCGAGAGAAAUGUAUCCAAGUUGGGCAUGUUUGAUAUGUAUGCUCAACUUGAGGGGGAGUGUUGACGGAUAUUGGUGUAUGGGUCCAGGUCUGGACCCGAUUCAGUAUGUCCUAAUUAGGGCAUACUUAUAUCAUUGUGACUCUAAUCUUUGUGGUUAAUGAAAUCUUAAGAGAGAGAGUGUUUGGCGGCUAGUGGGCGCCAGCUCCUCCUCAUCCGUGGUUUUUUUCUUCUUGUUGAGGGUUUUUCCACGUUACAUCGUGUUCUUUGUUUUCUCUUUCUCUGUGUUCGUGUUUCUACGGGGCCUUUUGAAUCAAUAGAUAUUUUCGGGCUAUAUCUUUUUGGGUAAACAUUCCCUUGAGAUAUUCCCAAACUUCACUAGUUUUUUCAUAAUACAUAAGAUUUUGAGCAAUCUUAGGUUCAAUGCAUCCAUAAGUCCAUUCUUUAAUCCUAGAAUUCUUGACUUCCCAAUAGUCUAAUUUUUUGUAAUAUUCAUUCAUGGCAUUUUGUCUUUCCUCCACAUCUAAUUGUUUCUCAAUCUCAUUCUCUACUUUGGUUAACUUAAGAGAAAGAGGGAUAGACGUGCCUCUUAUGAAGCCCUAUAAAUAUUUCCCUUUGAUAUGCAUUUCCAAACAUUUUGCCCAUAACAUAUAAUUGGUCCCAUCAAGCUUGUAUGGAGCAUAAUAACUUCCUCCUUUGAUUGAAACUUUGGAGUCCUCCAUGGGAGCAAUAUAUGAAACAAUUAUCUCCAAAUAAGUCAAGAAAAAAUUCUUCUAGGAGUUUUACCAAACAGUUGGUGAGCAGCCACGACAAUGGCCUUCAAAAGAUGAUAUCCACCAGCAAAGAAAUUCUUCAACGAACCAUCAACUCAAGAUAACAGUAACAACCUUUAAUAGGCUUCAAGAAUCAGCUGAUACCAUGUAAAAAGUGAUUAUAACAGUCACAAAAGAUGCAUAUGACAGCAAAAAGGCACUGAGGUCAAGUGAGAAGAAUAAAACUCAUUCAAUAAAUCAUGUGAAGGCUGUAAAACAUAGCUUACUUUUACAAUGGACUGUUACAAGUAUUUAUACAAGAGAGAGUAAGGAGGAAAGGGGCUGAACUAGCCAUUGGGCUAGUUCCAACAGCUCUUAAUAGAGCUGUUGGAACUGCCAACGGCUAGCUCAGCAAUACAAUAAAAAAUAAAAAUAAAACAUAAAAGUAAAAUAGAAAAGGAAAAAAAUAAACUAAAUUCUAAACUAAUUCCUAACUAAGAUAAUACCUAAUUAAGAGGUAACAAACAACUAACUAAGACAUCCUAUUUCUUAACAGCACCACUGUGCUCUAACCAUUGACUGAAUUACUUUCUCCCUUAUUCUUUUUGCCUUUGUUUUGGGUAUUGAACCAAAAUUCUGCCUUCAUCUGCCUUCUUUUAUUACAUUGGAAGUAUGUGGGCACUCUUCUUUGCUUCCCUCCAUUGUGGACACCUGGACUACUAGGUGUUGUGGAGAAUUCCACAUACUCCCUGUCCAAACUGAACUCAAGCUCUCGUACCUUGAUUUCUCUAUUUCCUCAUUCAUAACCUGUGGAGACCUCUGUAGCAAACAUUGAAUGGGAACUAAUAGAGUCACUUUCUUUUGCUCUUUAUUUUAUCGUGCUCUCAUGCUAAAGAAGUUUUGCCUGUAGAUCUUGAAAACUAGGCAACUGAGGAAGACAUUGCAGGGCAGUAGAGUAAGCACAACAAAAUCAGGUCCUAAUCCAUUGAUCAGCUGCUGCACAAUAUCUUUGUUUGAGAUUGUACUGCCAAUAAUAGCCAACUAGUCUGUGAUGUCUUUCAUAUGACCUAUGUACUCCAUCACAAGGUUGGCCCUUUCUUCAAAUUUUGAAAUUACCUCUUCAAGAAUGAAACCCAUUCCUUUGAAAUCUGUGAAUAAGUGUCAGUAUGGUGGUUCCAUAGUUCUGCUGCUAUGUAGUCAUAUGAGAGCAUAGCCAACACCUGCUGAGAAAGUGUUGAUGUGAUGUAGACGACCACAAACUGAACUCGUUUUCUCCAAGCACUGUAUUCCAGAUUCUUUGUGGAUUUGGAAGAAAUAGCACCAUUUUCAUCCUUGGUUUCCUGCACAAUAAACUAUGGUGGCAUGGAAGCUGAACCAUCAAGAUAUGCUCAUGAAGAUCCUACCUCCGUUUAUAUAUGAAUGGAAUGAUUUGCCUCUUUCAAGUUAAGAAGCUAUACUAAGUAAGUUUCUUAAUAACAAGCUGAUUUAGAAAAUUGAUUCAAAUAGUAUGGCAGUGAGACGGACCUUAGAAGUAACAUAGGUAAGAAAACAAUUUCAGAUUCGCAGUAGAAAUUUGGUAUCUCGGUCAAGACAGUUCAGACUCAGAGGCUCAUGAAUCACACGACUGAAAAUUGAGGGAAAGAGCAAAAUGACUCAGCAGAAGAAAUAAAGGGUGAGUGGAGUAGCUUUAACCUCUUUAUUGGAAGAGCUGAUCUCUCUAAGCAUGUCGAUGGAAAAACCUCGUAAACCUGGCUCUGAUGCCAUAAUAGAUUUUGGAGGACUAAGCUCUAUCUUGGACAUCCACAGUUUAGUUUGUGCAGUGAACAGAGAUGGAGAGGAGGAUGCUAAAGGAAUGGGUUGAGGCAGAUGCAGAAAAUGGUGCACCACCUAACCCUAAUCUCGUGUAUUACUAAAACAUAAUUGCACUGGACACUAAAAUGCACAACACAACUAAAAAUAUUACAAGACUGCCACCAAUAGGUCACCCAAACGAUAGUGCGUCAAAAUUAAAGACACAUUGGAGGUUGCAGCAUCUUGAUCUGGAUCCAGAUCCAGAUGACUCUUAACAAGUACUACCUGUAUGGGCACUUCAGGGCAUGGAUUUGUACGGGCAUAGCCAGGGACACAGGUAAAGCUGCUUAGGUGCAGUGAAUGCAUCUUCUGCCUGUCUUUGCCAAUUUUACGGUAAAUAAAGAUUGUUUAAGCCCAAACAUCUUUUGUUUCUGUAAAAUUUUAAAACUGUUUUAGUAUUUUCUUUUCUUUUCAAAUUGUCAUCUUUUUUUCUAAAAGCCUUUAAUUAUGACUACUUUUGUGGAUGUUGUUAUAUACAUAUACAAAACAUGGAUUUCUUUGGCCAUCCAGAUGCUUCGGCUUCGCACAAAUGCAGACCGAUGAAUUGCAUAAGGCAUGAGUGUGAGAGGACUGAUGGAUGGCCAAAGGAUUUCAGUUCCAACACAUGCACCAUUGUCACAUAUAUCGUGUACGGGUAUUAUACGACGAGUAAUUUCUCGAGUAUAAUACUGCAAAGUUGUAUAUCUUGAGAAUAUCACGGGAAAAUCUGGGCAAAUUUUUAAAAAAUUUAAAACAUUUUAUAUUACACAUAUUUUAAUUGCUGUUUUAUUCGACUGACUAAAUUUUUGUGUAUUUAACACAUUGUUUUCGAAUAAAACGUGUUUUUUGUGACAAUGACACACACACACGUAUAUAUCUGGCACACAACUUUUUUUGCCAUGUCCACACUUAAGUAUGUACACAUACCUGCACCUGUAUGACUCAGCUUUUAGGUGUGUAGAAGGGCUUGUUUCUAAUGGAAGAAGAAUGUAUAAUCCUAUUCUAUUCUGAACCAUGAGAAAAUUAAAAUAAAAUCAUGCUCUAGCAUGUGUGCAAUGUCAAGCAGCCAGGAAAAUACCAAUGAGUUGCAUAUGGUGUUCAUGAAAGGCCAGCAAAAAGAUUUUGAAGUGGCUACAGAGUAUGUCAAAAGGUUUUCAGCCUGUUCUGGUACCCAGGCUACGCUGUUGUGAUGAUAUUUGGCAUUAGAUCAUUUGAGUUAGAUAAUGUUUUUCCAUAAUUUCAGUGGGUGGAGUACGCUAAUUUUGGAAUGAGCCAGUUGGGUAAAGUAUGCUAAUUAUGAAAUGUUUAAACUU